AUGGCAAACAGCAAAUAUGAGUAUGUCAAGUGUUUUGAACUUGAGGAUGAGGUGAUGUUUCCGAAUUUUAUCCUUGUUUCAAUCAAUGCUUGUAAACUUUCCAAGCCUUAUGAUGUAAACGCCUUGAAUUUGAUGAACUCUUGUGCUGUUGCGGUGCUCCAAGAGUUUGCAGAUGUAGUCCUUGCAUAUGGGUUUAGUGAUGAGUAUACCUUUGUUUUCAAAAAGAGCACCAAGUUUUAUGAAAGGCGAGGUAGCAAAGUGUUAUCAAUUAUUUCUUCUUUUUUCUCGUCUGUCUUUGUGAGAAAAUGGCGCGAAUUCUUCUCCCAGAAGGAAAUAUGUUCUCCUCCUUUCUUCCACGGGAAAGUUGUAGCUUGUGCAUCCAUAGACGCCCUUCAAGCUUAUCUUUUAUGGAGGCAGAAUAUCUGUCAUUUGAAAAAUCAAUAUGAUCAAUGCUUUUGGCGACUUGUGGAACGCGGAAUGAAUGAGAGGGAAGCACGAGAAUUCAUUGAUGGAGCUAAGAAACGCGACUUGAAUGAUAUUUUGUUUGAUGAGUUCAAUGUCAAUUACAAUACAUUGGAUCCAAUAUUUCGACAGGGUUCCUGUAUUCUAAAGACAAUGGUAGGGGCUGUGGUGAAGUACACAGAAACCGGUGCUCCAGUUAAAAGACAAAGGAGAGAGAUAAUCACAGUGCAUUCCAAGAAAAUAGCAAGCACGCGAUUUUGGAAUGAACAUUCUAUUCUUUUGAAGGAGCUUGGUGUUUUUGUGGAGGAGAUUAAUAAUGUGAAACCGGAGUAUGUGAGGUCCUUUGAGUUUGAUAGCAAGUUGAUGCCAUCUACAUGGAUUGUGGUUCGGAUAGAUGGAUGUCACUUCCAUAGAUUUUCUGAGAUACAUGAAUUUGCGAAGCCUAAUGAUGAUAGAGCUCUUAACUUGAUGAAUUCAUGUGCGGUGGCUGUUUCAGAAGAAUUUAGGCAGGAUAUAGUCUUUGCUUAUGGGGUUAGCGACGAGUAUAGUUUCAUUCUUAAGAAAUCCACUGAUCUUUAUGAAAGGAGAGCUAGUAAAAUCAUAUCAGCCAUUGUGUCUUUCUUCACAUCCACUUACGUGAUGCGAUGGAAAGAUUUCUUCCCUCAAAGAGAGCUAAGCUACCCUCCUUCUUUCGAUGCACGAGCAGUGUGCUAUCCUUCUACUGAGAUUUUACGAGACUAUCUUUCGUGGAGGCAAGUGGAUUGUCACAUAAACAAUCAAUAUAACACUUGUUUUUGGAAGCUUGUUGCAUCAGGAAAAAGCAAAAGGGAAGCUCAGCAUAGUCUAAAGGGUGCUCAACUGCAAAAGAAAAUUGAGGAAUUGGCUAUUGACUAUAAUAAAUUGCCAGUGAUGUUCCGACAAGGUUCCUCAGUUUUUUGGGAUAGGGUAGACAAUGUUCUCAUCGAUCAGGAGAGUGGAGAGUCUUCCGAAAAUUAUGGAAAGGUCUUUGUACAACACAUUGACAUCAUUGGAUCAACCUUUUGGCUAGAACACCCUGGUAUCCUUGAUGAAAAGCUAUAUGUGUCGAAGAAAUGUUGA